UGACUUGAAGAAAUGUGUUUAACAUUUAAACCUAUUUCCUGCAUAUAAAAUAACAAUAUUUGUGUUUACGUUCACUCCUUCAAAUAGAUGCAAGUAAAAUACAGCAGGAACGCGUUACCUCACCAUACAUCUGUCUCCUUUCCUCACCUCCUGCUGAGGACUUAGGAAAAGAGAAGUGGAACGACCUCACACUCUCUCUCCUUGACGGUGUGAGGCCGGAUGUCCGCCGUGUUGAAACUACAAACGUGCAUCGUACUCUGUCUCAGCGUGUUCUGUUGUUUGGUGGAGGUCAUAUGAACGAGAACAGCCUGUGUAAAUGUCCUGCACCGCAGAGGCGGGAAUUUUAAAGCCGGAGGAACAUUUAGGGUCAUGGUUAUGGUUAUGUUUUUCAUGAAUGGUCGGAUGGGAUGGCGUUUUCUCCUCUCCUUUCAUCGAGGAUGCUUUGGUGUAUCCUACUCUAAAGGGAGCACUAAAGCUCCUUUCCAUGGAGUUUGGAGAGGUGGAACAGCUCCAAUCAUGGUCACGUAUCUCAGUGAGGAACACGCCCACAGUUUCUGCUGAAGUCAUCGUUACAGCGAGCGACGCUGGUUUCCGCCUGAUGAUGACAUCAGGUGUGUUGUUGUUUAAAACGGGUGCAGUGUACACCUUUUCACACUUUUGAUUCUGUUCACCUGGACGCCGAGUUUUCAGUGGUGGAUCUGCUUCGUCAUUUCAGCCUUACCUGGAUCAUCGGGCAUGCAUCGAGACAGAGGAAUGUUUUUGUACUGUUAAAUAAAGUUUUGAUACAAAGCUUUGAUAAUGAGGAAGAGUCAAAUUUACAUUCAUCCAUUUAUAUACUCGUCUCAGUUCUUCCUGUGGGGGCAGGAGAGUCCAGUACUGCAGUUAUUUCCCACAGAGAAGAAGAGCAGCCGCCAGAGCGGAAGUGAGAAAAAUCAGCGGGAGCGGAGCGGCAUUUCUGUUUGAGUACCGUCGGGUUAAAGGUCACGCCGUCACCGACAAACACACACACAGCCGGGAAGAAACUCCGAGAGCCAACUCUCUGCAAACCAGCGGCUUCCUGCUCGAACAUGGCAGUGCAGGUGCCGUGCCUGUCCUUCCGGCAGCCGUAUGCCGGCCUGGUUCUGGACGGGGUAAAGACGGUGGAGAGCCGCUGGAGGCCGCUGCUCGCUCCACUGGAGAACCAGACGCUGGCGGUCCACGUGGCUCAGCGUGACUGGGAGGGGUCGGAGUGGAGGGCAGUGCUAAGCGGCCUGCUGGGGAUGGACAGUGCUCAGAUUGAGGCACUUCUGGAGUCCGGGGAGCGGUUCGGCCGCGGCGUGGUGGCAGGAUUGGUGGAUGUGGGCCGGACCUGGCUUUGCCCCGCCUCCCUCCAGGGGAAGGACCUACAGUGCCUGGAGCAGUCGGCCGUGGUGAUUGGUCUGCAGGAGAAGCACCUGACUAACCUGUCCAACCCUCGCUGGCUGAAGGCCCCACUGAGAGCUCCGGGAGGUCGUGACCUCUGGACCAUAGAGAUCCCAGCAAAACUGUUACCAUGACAACACAUACGUAACCUACCCCAGCACCGAGGCCGGAGCGACUUCUCUGUCAUAGUACAUUGGUUUUUACAGCUGAUCAUUGAUCUGUGAUCAGAGCGGUGGCGCUGACCUCAGAUCAGGUCACUGUGAUGUCAUCAGCACACCUGAUUUUUGUGGUCGAGCGAGGUCUUCCAUCUCUGAGGGUGGGGUGGGGGUCAGACCAAUGAUCUGAGCUCCUGGGGCCGUCGUCCCGGAGCACCAGAGGCUUCACAGCAGCUUGAUAAAAGUCCAACCUGUCCAGUUCUUUGCUUCUUUGAAAUGAUGGAACCCGUCUAAUCCCAGAUUUUUCGCUGCAAAAUAAGUGAAUGCAUUUCACUCCUUAGACUUGUCCUACUCACUGUAUGUUUAAUUUUGUUGAUGUGUGGGGUUAAAACGGCAACUGUUGCCGGUGGGUUAAUAAGGACACCUUCCAAACGUCCAGUGUUUGUGUAAGUAACCUACCUGUGGUGCUGUUAUCAGGCGGCUGUAUGUUACACUGAAAUUAAAAGGUAAUAUUUUGCUAUG